CACAAGUCAUGCUCUAGAUUUCCGCAGACUCCAAUACAAAGUCCCAGUGUCACUCUAAACAUCCGUUUCGAGAGUUCGGUUCCUGUUUUAGUCUCAUCGUCGACCGGUGUGAUUACCGCUGCUCAGCUAAAUGGCUUUCGUGGCUGCCUGUUGUCGAUCAACACAGCAAGCCGUGGCUGA